AUGGAUUCUACACCGUUCCAGUUCAACCCCCUCCUUUAUCCGACAAUGACGAGCGACAAAGAGCAAUCACAGAGAAAUUCAGUUGCGACACUUGCACAAGAAGAUCCAAUGUACCUGCCGCCAACGCCUUCCAAAGGCAAAAGUCGUGCAUUCUACAUGAGCUUUCUCGCGAUCUGCGUGACGACUUUUCUCUCUGCACUUGACUUGACGGCGGUUGGGACGGCGCUACCGACAAUUGCGGAUGCAUUGAACGACACCAAGGGUGAUUUUACAUGGGUUGGGUCGGCAUAUGCGCUGUUGAGUACAGCGUUCAUCCCUCUCAGUGGAAGCUUAGCAGAUGCUUUCGGACGAAGACCAAUUCUUCUGAUCAGCAUUGCCUUUUUCGCUGUUGGAAGCGCAUUAGCAGGGGCCUCUCAGAAUAUGGCAACGCGGGCCGUCCAGGGCAUUGGCGGUGGUGGAAUUCUCGCGCUCUCCGAAAUUCUUGUCGCAGACCUCGUUCCACUUGCCGAACGAGGAAUAUACCAAGGUUUAGUGGGCCUUGUCUGGUCAUUCGCUUCGAGUAUUGGCCCCCUGAUCGUGCUCUGGCCAACGCAAGCAACAGCGCAUGACGGCUGGCUUUUCUAUCUGAAUCUACCCCUUGCUGGCUUGGCUUUCUUACUUGUUACAUGCUAUCUCUCCGUCAAACGACCGGAAGGCACUAUUCGCAGCAAACUGGCGCAGGUUGAUUGGAUUGGGAACGCACUCGUCAUAGUUGGCUCUGCACUCGCCAUAAUUGGAUUAACCUGGGGUGGUAUUCGCUAUCCUUGGGAAUCCGCUCAAGUCUUGGCGCCGCUAAUCAUUGGUCUUUGCUUGUUGGUCGUUUUUGGCGUCUACGAAGCCAAGUUCCCUGGCCACCCCACCAUCCCCCUCGACGUGAUUGGGAACCGAACAUCGCUCUCCGGUCUUUUGGCAACUGCGGUCCAUGCUAUCACCAGCAUCGCAGUCAUCUACUACCUGCCACUGUGGAUUUCCUCCCCGCUGCACUCAUCACCGCCCCAAUGGCCUUCGUCCGCUAGUGCGGCCAUCACGAUAUCAAAGAAGUACCGGCCUACCAACUACCUCUCAUGGGCCAUCAUCAUCGUUGGCCUCGGCGUGCUUUCUACGCUGCGAGAAAACUCGUCGACGGGAAAAUGGGUUGGCUAUCAGAUCAUCCUAGGUGUUGGGAUGGGGAUGCUGUUCUCUGCGCCAGUUUUCCCCAUUCUCGCCCCGCUGCCAAACAACCGCUCCGGCGUCGGCGCUGGCCCUCUUCACUUUCACGCGUGCCUUCUUCCAGGCAUGGGGCAUCACCAUCGCAAGUACAGUCUUGCAGGUAUGUCGCGAGUUCUCUCUCCUUCCCAUUUUUCUGACCAACCCAGAACCAACUCGUACGAAAAACUUCCAGCCGAGUUUGUUUCACGCUUCCCGCCCGGGUUCGAGAUCGCCUACAUCGCGAUACCUGUGAUCCGCCAGCUCCAAGAGCCAUUGAAGCAGGAGGUCCAGGCGGCGUUUGCGUUGAGCAUGGCGACCAUUUGGCAGGAAAUCGCGAUGGACACAACUGUUGACGACACCUACGCGCUGAAGGAGGACAGGACGAAGAUUGACGAUGCCGAGAAGUAA